AUGAAAAAUUAUUUGGAUAAGUUUAAUCUCGGAACCUGGAAUGUGCGAUCGCUGUACAUAGAGGGCGCACUAACAGUUGUAGAAGCUAAUUUAGAACGAUAUGGAAUUGCAAUAGCAGCAAUUCAAGAAGUUAGAUGGACAGAAGAAGGAAAUUUAAAAUCAAAGAAACCUACUAUCUUUUAUAGUGGUGGACAAAGACAUGAGCGAGGAGUAGGAUUUAUUGUUAGCAAUGAAUACUUACCAUACAUAAAAAGAUUUGAGCCGUAUAAUGACAGACUAUGUUUUAUCCAAGUUGAAUGUAAACAUAUGACUUUAAUACUGAUAAAUGGCUAUGCACCUACAGAAGACAAGCAACAAGACGAGAAAGAAGCUUUUUAUGAAGACCUGAACACGAUAUUCGAAUCAAUUGCCAAAAGCCAACCGAAGAUUAUCCUUGGAGAUUUCAACGCUAAAAUAGGAAAAGAAGAAAUGUCUAGACCAACAAUAGGAACAGAAAGCCUCCACACUCAUUCUAAUGAAAAUGGAAACCGACUAAUUAACUUUGCAAUCUCUAAAGCACUAAGGAUAAGUAGCAUGUGUUUCCCACACAAAAACAUCCAUAAAGAAACAUGGGUCUCACCCGGAGGUAGUACCAAAAACCAAAUUGAUCAUAUCAUGACAGAUAUUAAGAUAAACAAUAUUAUAGAAGAUGUCAGGAGCCAUCGUGGAGUGUCUGCUCAGUCAGAUCACUUCUUAGUUAAAGCUAAAAUACAAAUUGAACUACCUCGUAAAUGGAGAAAAAGAAUAAUAAUAGAAGAAAAAGUUGAUAUAGAUAACAUAAGAAACUCUGAAAUGUUAAAAGAAUACAAAAAUAAACUAAAGAACAAAUUAAAGGACGGAAUAGAGGCAGAAAAUAUUGAAACCCGUUGGAAAAAAUUAGAGGGAAUAAUAAAAACAACUGCUUUGGAACACCUAGGAAAAAAGAAAAAAGUACAAAAGCAUAAAUGGUUUAACGAUAAGUGUCAAAGCGCAAUUGAAGAAAGAGAUAAAGCGAGAUCAUUGAUGCUUACAAACCCAAACACAGAAAACAAUAACAAUUUUUCCCAGAAGCUUAGAGAAGCUAAACGUAUAAUAAGAAGGGAAAAACGAUUAUGGGAAAAAGAAAGAAUAAAACAGAUUGAAGACAACAGGACGAACCGAAACUCUUCUUCAAACAAACAAAAAAAUUAA